AUGGAGUUUCUGGAAAAUUUCAAGAUGUCGUAUCGUGCUUGGAUGCCACCAUAUAUUUCAAAUACAACACCAACCCAAUGCGGGAUAAGCAGAAAUAGCCACAUCAGAAACAGCAACGACAGAAACAGGAACAACAGAAACAGCAACGAUAGAAACAGCAACAUCAGCAACAGUAACGACAGAUAUAGCCUCAACAGGAACAGCAAUGACAGAAACAGCAACGAAAGAAACAGUAACAUCAGCAACAGCAACGACAGAACAACAACAUCAGCAACAGCAACGACAGAAACAGCAAUGACAGAAACAGCAACGACAGAAAUAGCAACGACAGAAGUAGCAACAUCAGCAACAGUAACGACAGAAAUAGCCACAACAGAAACAGCAAUGACAGAAAUAGCAACGACAGAAGUAGCAACAUCAGCAACAGCAACGACAGAAACAGCAAUGACAGAAAUAGCAACGACAGAAGUAGCAACAUCAGCAACGACAGAAACAGCAAUGACAGAAACAGCAACGACAGAAAUAGCCACAACAGAAACAGCAACGACAGAAACAGCAACGACAGAACAACAACAUCAGCAACAGCAACGACAGAAACAGCAAUGA